ACUGCCACACACACAGGCACAAACACGAAACAGCUGGCGGCGUAGCAAAAGAAUCCGUCACAAAAACACGGGAAGAAGGGACGAAAGAAGAGGGACUUUUAUUUUGAUUUCGUUGGCCAAAUUGAGUAAUGGCCGGACUCCUUCACCUGACCAAACAGUGCAGCCUCCAUCUACCCGUUCAGUACGGUCGCCUGAAAUGCUACACCGCUGCUAAGGGAGCCCACGUGCAGGCUAGAGUGCUGUACUCCUCGCUGGCCAAGGCUGAUGACCAGACUGCCAGCAGCGAUGGCAAGCGGAAGAAGAUCACUCCCUUUACCCCCACGCCGGGCAGCAAGCUCCUAGGAGGUGUCUUCGGCAAAAAAGCCAAAGGUGGAGCCCCUCCAGAAACAACAGCAACGGCAGCAACGCUACAGCGGCAGCACCCACAACGACAACAAUUACGACUAUGUCACGUUCAUAUAGGCAGUGGCAGUGGCGAUGGCAGCUCGGGACUGGGAAAGCUGGAUGCACCAGAGGUCACCUCCAAGGAUAUGCUGCGCGCUAUGAUGGCGUACAUUUGGCCCAAGGAGGAUCCCCUUGUGAGAAAAAGAGUGGGCAUUUCCCUAGGCCUGCUGGCUGGCUCCAAGCUCUUGACUGUCUGCGUUCCCUUCAUGUUCAAAGGAGCAAUAGACACCAUGACAACCCUGAACAUGGACACCGCUCCAGAUGCAGUGCUCUCGGCAGCCACUGCCCUGCUGCUGGGAUAUGGCAUUGCCCGAGCCAGUGCCGCGGGCUUCAAUGAGCUGCGCAAUGCCGUGUUCGCCAAGGUGGCCCACCACUCUAUCCGUAAGAUUGCCAGCAAUGUGUUCCUCCACCUGCACAACCUGGAUUUGGCCUUCCAUCUAAACAAGCAAACCGGCGCCUUGUCGAAGACCAUAGACCGAGGCUCGAGGGGCAUUAACUUUGUGCUCUCCGCCAUGGUCUUCAACAUUGUGCCCACCAUCUUCGAGCUGGCUCUCGUGUCCAGCAUUUUGGGUGUGAAAUGCGGCCUGGCCUUUGCCGGCGUAAGCAUGGGCUGCGUGGGCAUCUACGCCUUGUACACGCUCAGCGUGACCCAGUGGAGGACCCAGUUCCGGGUGUACAUGAAUCAGGCGGAGAACGAGGCCGGCAACAAGGCGGUGGAUUCGCUGAUCAACUACGAGACGGUGAAGUACUUCAACAACGAAAAGUACGAGGCGGGCUGCUACAAUGAGGUGCUGAAGAAGUACGAGACGGCCAGCCUCAAGACCAGCUCUAGCUUGGCGUUGCUUAACUUUGGCCAGAAUGCCAUCUUCAGCAGCGCUCUUAGUUUGAUUAUGGUGCUGGCCGCCAAGGAGAUAGCCCAGGGUAACAUGACAGUGGGCGAUCUGGUCAUGGUCAAUGGCCUGCUCUUCCAGCUUUCGAUCCCGCUGGGAUUUCUGGGCAGUGUGUAUCGCGAGGUGCGGCAGGCUUUGCUGGACAUGCAGGCCAUGUUCACGCUAAUGAACGUGGACAGUCGCAUCCAGACGGCGGCCAAUGCCCAGCCUUUGUUUGUGGACAACAGCAACUCCUCGAUUGAGUUCCGCAAUGUGAGCUUUGAGUAUGAGCCGGGAAAGCCCAUCUUCCGGGAUCUCUCGUUUACGAUUCCAGCUGGCAAGAACGUGGCUAUUGUCGGAGGCUCUGGCUCAGGGAAAUCCUCAAUGGUUCGUCUGCUCUUCCGGUUUUUUGAGCCCAACUCUGGCAAGGUUCUGAUUGGUGGGCAGGACAUCAGCGCCGUGGACCUGGAGAGUCUGCGCAAGGCUAUUGCUGUGGUGCCACAGGACUCGGUGCUGUUUCACAAUACCAUUGAGCACAACAUCCACUAUGGCAACCUGACCAAAUCGCAUGCUGAGGUGGAAAAUGCUGCCCGCAUGGCCGACCUGCAUGACUCCAUUAUGUCCUGGCCGGCUCAGUAUGGCACCCAGGUGGGCGAGCGAGGCUUGAAGCUCUCUGGUGGCGAGAAGCAGCGCGUGGCCAUUGCCCGAGCCAUACUCAAGAACACGCCCAUUCUGAUCUUUGACGAGGCUACCAGCAGUCUGGACUCUAUCACAGAACAUAAUAUACUGCAGGCUUUGAGCCGCGCCACCUCUGGUCGCACUAGCAUUUGCAUUGCCCACCGCCUAUCCACAGUCAAGGAUGCCGACGAGAUCCUGGUUCUGGAAAACGGACGCGUGGGCGAGCGUGGCACCCAUGCCCAGCUGCUGACCCAGAACGGCCUGUAUGCCCGCCUCUGGGAGACACAGACGCAGCAGUUUGAUCCCAGCAAAGAGCCCAAGGAAGAGACGGUGGCUGGUGCAGCGUAGGCUUGGUUACCCUACCUCCUAUAUGUAUGUUUGUUUCCAUGUUAAUCCUGGCCCAUUCUUUCGUCCCUGACUUGUCCCCCACCCAAACCCUUACACCCUUAACCCUUUAAGUACCAUUGUGGCGUUUGUAAAUACAGUUGUAGAUAAGCGAAA